AUGUUUAUAAUUAUGAACGCAGAAAAGAAAGCAAGCAUUUUGAGGCAUUCACUUGAAUUUUUAAUUCAGAACGAAAGUGAGUUAUCGAAUCAAGAAAAGAAAAUUUUGCAAAGUUUGAAUAUGAAAAUUCAAUCUGCAAUUAUUUUGAAUAUGGAAAUAUUCAGAAGCGAAAGGAAAAAAGAAUUAAACAAACUGCAUAAAUCUUUGAAUGAGGAGUAUAUUGAAAAUUUUGCGUUAAAAAUUGCAAAGAAUGAUUCAAAAGCAGAAUAUACACACGACAUUCGAUUUGAUAGUACAGAACUUUGGAAAAUUCAGAAAUACCCACAAAAAUUCGAAAAUGAGUCUCCUAGUAGAAUUAAAACAAAAAAUAGAAAAAGAGAAGGACUUAUUUCAAGUAUGAACAAAAUAAUACAGUUUGAUAAAGAAAAGUAUGAACAACAAAUGAAUGAGUUGAAAGCUAAUCCAGAAAAGUUAGAAUUUUUUCGAACUUCUCAUGUUCCUUCUACCCAUGAUAAGGAUUUGUUAAUAAACCAAUACCUAAAGAACCAAAGAAGAACAUACAUGUCUGAGCCACUUGAUAUUAAAUCUGAUAUAUAUCAUAUAAAUGAAGAAAAUAAAAAAUAUAACGAAAAAUUAGAUAGAGCUUAUCAUGAAUAUACAACUGAAAUUAAACAGAAUCUAGAAAGAGGUACGGCACUAUGA